AACAGGUGAUUAUGGAAAAUGGAGUGACAAGAAUUGUCAAACAGGGAAAAGGAGAGACCCCCCGUAAUGAUGGUCAAGUAAAGUCAGAUUCAACCUCGUAUACAGAAGGAACCGCAAAUGAAAAACCUAACAAUGCAUCACCAAUGACAACUAGCCGUCGUGGAACAGGUAUCAAACAAGCAGCUCCUAUGCCACAACCAACAUCUUAUCGAGCAACUCCAAAUGCCAAUGUCAAGAAUCAGAUUAACAUAGUUGGAGGCAAUAUAUCACAAUUGUCGAUUGGAAAUCAGGGAAGCACAUCCUUCAAUCAAAAGACUGAACAAUACAAUGCUGGUGCUCAAAAAACGGAUUACAAUUUCCAUGGUGGCGAUUUUACACAGGCAAACAUAUGUGGAAGUGCAACAUAUAAUAAUAAAGAUUGUGGUUUUACCAAAGGUGCGAAAUCUGAUGGAACCGAAGAAAAAAAAAUGCCGGAGAAAGAUUCGGUUCAGUCUGAUGGUGUAGUCGAGAAACAAGUUAUUGAAAUAUUGACAAAGGGAAUGACAUCAGAACACUUCCUGGCGAUCUUGAAAAAAGGACUUACAAUCACUGAAAUCCACGCUUCUGUCUCCAAGCUUCCUAAGGUUAAUGAUGUGUUGGUGAAAUCUAUGCUGCGUUAUGAUGCUUCAGAGAUUGGAGAGGAAUAAACUAUUUGUCUUCCGGAUUUAAAGAACACAUCAAAGAAGACUGGAAAAGAAUAUCUUUCAGAAUAUCUUCCUAUAUAUAUGUCCUGAUCAUUUGUACAUAAUUCAAAAUGUAUAAUCAUCUUUUUCUUAUUUCUUCACUCAUAUAAAACUUCAAUUUUAAUCAUGUUUGAAAUCAUGAGGCCUCAAUAUUUGAAACAGCAAUAUGAUAUCAUAUUUUUGGUUUUAUGACAUCAGAUUGGCCACUGGUUAUGAUGGUUAUAAUUUUCACCAAUUCCUGAUAAUAAUUUUCAGAACUGUAUAUUAGUCUGUUAUUCAUUAAUACAGUGAUACCUCGGUAGUCAAACAAUUCAGUAGUCGACCAAAAAGUUCUAGUCAAAAAUACUGCGGUACUCGAAGGGAUAUUCCGUGCACAAACAUCCCAGUGCACCACCGAAUGAGAUGACGCCACACGAAUCGCUGCCUCUUGACCAUUCAACGAGAGAGCCAAUACAAAGUGCGUAUAUGCAAUCUGUCACAGUAGACUACCGGUAUAACAAUCGCGAAACUGCGACAAGAUAUAUUUUGGAAUGCAUAAGAACAAAUUAAAAUAAUUACCAUUAUUUCUUUUGGCAAAAAAGUUUCGGUACUCAAAUAAUUAGUAGUCGAACUCCAAUUCGGAACGAAGUAUGUUCGAAUAGCUAGGUAUCACUGUACAUUCAUUCAAUGAUGUCUCUCUUUAAUUUCAAAUGAGUAGGAUGCAAUUUAUUCUGUGAAACAUACCAGUUCAUCAUGAUUGACAUAAGAAUGGACUAGUGCAGGGCUACUCAACUAUUUUUACCAAGGGUCCGCAUACAAAACUCUAAAAUUAUUUGGGUCCGGCCUUUCCUUAAAUUAUAUUUCGGCAUCCUUAAACGUGCACU